UUGUUAUCUCCGCCUCCCCUCGCUCAGUAACUCCUCCCCUCAACGGACCUCUCGAAGUUCCCCCCUCUCACUACAUUACACUCUCUCUCUCUCUGCAGCUACCUCAGAUCUCCCUCUUUGUCCGUGCCAAAAUGCAGUCGUCUUUCUCCCUCUCCUUCGCCCCCAACUCCUCCCUCGCGGCCCCGUCUCCCAGAUCGCGUCCUGGCGGCGAGCCGUCGCCCUCGGCCCCGAUAAGCCUCAGGUUCUGCGGCCUGAGGCGCGAGGCCUUGGGGUUCACCCCUCUCAAGCAGUCGACCUCGCGCCACGUCCGCGUCCCCGGCGGGAGGUGCGGCGGCGGGAAGGUCUCGGCCUCCCUGUCCGACAACGGGAGCACGCCGAAGUCGUUCGACUACGAUCUGGUCAUCAUCGGAGCUGGCGUCGGCGGACACGGCGCCGCGCUUCACGCCGUCGAGAAGGGUCUGAAAACUGCCAUCAUUGAAGGAGAUGUUGUGGGGGGAACCUGUGUAAACAGAGGUUGUGUGCCUUCUAAAGCUCUCUUGGCCGUGAGUGGUAGAAUGCGUGAGCUUCAGAGUGAUCAUCACUUGAAGGCUUUGGGAUUGCAGGUUGCAGCCGCUAGUUAUGAUAGACAGGGAGUUGCCGAUCAUGCAAAUAAUCUGGCUUCAAAAAUUCGUAGCAAUUUGACUAAUUCAAUGAAGGCAAUAGGCGUGGACAUAUUGACUGGCGUAGGCACAAUUCUGGGUCCUCAAAAGGUCAAAUAUGGAAAAGUUGGCGUCACUGACAAUGUAAUAACAGCAAAAGAUAUCAUCAUUGCGACUGGUUCUGUACCCUUCGUUCCCAAGGGGAUUGAAGUUGAUGGAAAGACUGUAAUCACCAGCGACCAUGCACUCAAGCUGGAGUCUGUUCCUGACUGGAUUGCUAUUGUUGGUAGUGGUUAUAUUGGUCUUGAAUUCAGUGAUGUGUAUACUGCACUUGGGAGUGAGGUUACUUUUAUUGAAGCUCUAGAUCAGCUUAUGCCUGGAUUUGAUCCGGAAAUAGGUAAAUUGGCCCAAAGAGUUCUAAUAAACCCAAGGAAAAUCGACUAUCAUACUGGAGUUUUUGCCACCAAGAUAACUCCAGCAAAGGAUGGUAAACCAGUCGUGAUUGAGCUUAUCGAUGCUAAGACAAAGGAACCGAAAGAUACAUUGGAGGUAGAUGCGGCACUUAUUGCAACUGGGAGAGCUCCAUUCACAAAAGGUCUUGGCUUAGAAAAUAUCAAAGUGGAGACACAGCGUGGAUUUGUUCCUGUCGAUGAACGUAUGCGAGUGAUUGAUGCAAAUGGCAAUCUGGUUCCCCACUUGUACUGCAUUGGUGAUGCAAAUGGUAAAAUGAUGCUCGCUCAUGCUGCUAGCGCACAAGGAAUUUCUGUGGUUGAACAAGUCACUGGAAAAGAUCAUGUGCUUAAUCAUCUAAGCAUUCCAGCUGCUUGUUUUACCCACCCUGAAAUCAGUAUGGUUGGACUGACAGAGCCUCAAGCCAGAGAAAAGGCUCAAAAGGAGGGAUUUGAAGUUAGUGUUGCCAAGACAAGUUUUAAGGCUAAUACUAAAGCCUUGGCCGAAAACGAAGGGGAAGGGCUUGCAAAGAUGAUAUAUAGACCAGACAGUGGAGAAAUUCUUGGGGUUCACAUCUUUGGUCUUCAUGCAGCUGAUCUCAUUCAUGAAGCAUCAAACGCAAUAGCAUUAGGCACAAGUAUUAACGACAUAAAGUUCGCAGUUCAUGCACAUCCUACCUUGUCUGAAGUUCUGGACGAGCUCUUUAAAUCUGCGAAGGUGAAUCAUCCAGUUACAAGCUCUGUAAGUGAACCAGUUGCAGUCUAAGAUUCACAAACACACCC